AUGUGCGCCCAUCAACCGAGAGGUGUAGUGAUUGCUGAUGCUGGCGUUGCGGACGAGGCAUUUCUGCUCUCCGCUCCCAUUUCAGCUUCUCCAGCCAACGACGGCCGCGAAACGAUUUUCAAACUUGCCCUGCGUGGCCUGCUGCGCUUCCCAAUCUCCUUCCACGCUUGCCUCUGCGUCUUCUGGCUACUGCCAGCCAUGGACGGCCAUUUCCGCUGGCGCGCCUCCGCGUCGCCGCCGCACUUGAGUCGCGAAGACGGGGACAGCGACGAUCCGGAUGACACUGCCGCGCCGUGUCGCAAAGGGCCCUUGCCGGCCCCUCCUUUACCCCGCGCUCCCUUCUCCACCGUGACAACCGCCGCUGCGUCCGGCCCCGGGAGGCGCGCGGCGGUGCAGCGCGAGCUGGAGCGGAUGGCGCGGCUGCGCGCGAUGCUGGACGCGCGCGAGGCGGAGGUGCUGGCGGUGCUCGACUCCGCCUUCACGUGGCUCCGCUGCUCCGCGCAACCCUGCGUGCCAGAUGCCGCGCAAGCCGCAGACGAGUGCGCGGGAAGCUGGUACGACGGGCGGCGGCAGGCGGGACUCGCCACAGUGGUCCUCGCGGACAACGAUGACGAUGGCGCCGCCGCUGUUGCCGCGGCUGAUGACUAUUCCGCUCCGCCUGCUGCUGCGCUUCUCGCACGUCGCUCGUUCACGUCGCCCGUCGGCGACGGACGGAGGAACGGCGCGCGGCCAGCCAAUGGUGGCAGUGCCGUUCCGCCCGUCGCCCAGUAUUCGCUGGCUGGCGGGGACGAGGGCUCUCUUCCCGCCCAGGCGUCGCAGGCGGCAGCUGUCGUUGCGGGCUGCGCGCCGAGCGCAGGAACUCACGCCGUGGGCGGCGGCGCCGUGGUGCGGGCGGAGGAACGGAGGGAGGGAGGAGAGGUGGUGGUGAAGAGGAAGCGAGGCCGGCCCAAGGGCAGCGGCAAGAAGGGGUCGCUCGCCGCGCUCACUCCGUCGCACGCUUCGCCCUCGAUUCGCAUUACGCCCGCCGCUCGUCUUCCAUCCACCGCCUCAACGCCGCGCGCGCCCGCGACCCCCUCUGCGUCGCCUGCAGAUGCCGAGAAAGCCGGCGUCGGGAGCGGCGAAAUGGAGGCGGCGGCAUGGGGAGAGCGGCGCGAGGUUGGGCGCGACAAGGUCAAGGACGGUCCCGCUGUGGUUCAGUUGCAGGACAGCGAGGCGGCGGAGUGGCGGAGAGCGGGCCGUGCGGGGGAUGGCAGCAGCGAGCAGCGCGGCGAGGGCGAGACGGAGGCCUGGCGGAUGAGCGCGUGUGGCGCUCGCCGCGCCAUCGAACCCGCAGGCGGUGGUGGUCCUGGCCGCCCGGCGCGGCUGCAUGGCGGCCCACAGCGGACAGGGGGCGACGAGGGGCGGGGCAGCAAGGGACCGUUGGGCGGCGGUGCCGGAGUGGGGGCGAGCGGCAGGGAGCGGAAGAGCAAGGGGCCGACAGGGAGGCCGCGAGGCAGGCCGAGGGUUGUUGGCGUGGAGAAGAAGAGGUGGCAGGAGCGGCCGCAGGAAGGACAGGCGGGUAAGCGGGUGGGGGGCGCUGGGGAGAAGGCAGAAGGCGGCACGGCUGAAGACGACUCAGUAUGGCCCGUGGGCGACGGUGGGGGCCGUGCGGAGGAGGGCACAGGGGGGAGGGCGGAAGGGGCCCCGUGUAUCUGA